CUCUUCGUGCAACACUCAUGUCGGAUGUAUUAUCUGUUGAUUAGUAGGGUCUAGUCUGCUUUUCCCCGCAAGCGGAAGUUAGAAGGCAGGGGUAAGUUGGCAUCAUGGUUGUUACCAGGAGGGGAGUAUGUGCAGAGUCGUCGAACGUGAAUAAAGUAUCCGAAAAUCGGAUUAAGACGGCUGCCUCCAGAAGUAAUACUCCGGCUAGGCAAAGAACAACCAGUAGCAGACAGACCAAAGGAGAGGUAUUAUCGGAAGCCAUCAGCGGUUCUGAGCAUGAGGGAGCAGAAGGAAGGGACUCUCAGUCCUCGGAGGUGCAGAGCUCUGCUGUCAAAAGGAUGACCAGAAGCAGACAGGCCAGAAGUGCAUCUCAACCGGAGUCGAUGAAUGAUGCUGAUGUUUCUGAGGCUGAGUCGUGCUGCUCCAUAGUAUUGGGAGUGCAGUCGCUUCAUGAUCAACAAUUAACACGCAGCCGUAGAAGUAGGGCCCCCUCCCAUACUGAAGUAGUGGGCAAGUCACAAGGUGAGGAAGCUGACAUCUCUGAAGCAGAGUCAUGCUCCUCUUCUGUUUCUGCAGUCCAAGCCACUGAUAACCCAAGAGCAACCAGGAGUUUGAGGAGCAGAGCAGUGUCAAAAGCAAAGCCUGGUGCCAAGUCUCAGAACGAGGAUACUGAGUUUUCGGAAGCAGAAUCCUGCUCCACUGUCACUUCAGAUGUCCAGGCCUCACAAAACCAAAGAACAGCCAGAAGUAGGAGAAGCGAAGCCCUAUCUCUAAAUGCCGAAAAGUCCCCAAAUGAGGACACUGAAGUUUCUGAGACAGAGUCUUGGUGCUCUGGUCUUCAAGCGUCUGUUGUACGUCGCACAACAAGAAGCAGGCAAGCGAAAGGCCAGCCUGCCUCCGAGUCCCUCAAGAAAGGAGUAACAGAGGUUGAGAAAUGCUCCCUGCCAUCACCUUCUAAAGACCCUGAAGUUGCAGUUUGCAGAGAACAGUCCACCAGUAGUCCAAAGUCAACAAGACGUACAAGCAGGAGGAAUAUAUCCCAGUCGCAGCAAGAGGAAGUUAUAUUGUGCUCCGAAUCGGAGUCUGUUGUUUCUAGUGUUGCUGGCAGCCCAACAAGAGGGAGCUGCAGGGUAGAAUCCAGGUCGGAGGUGGUAUCCGAAACUCCAAGCAGCAGUCACACAGGAUCACGGCGCAAUCGCCGGGUUGUGUCGCAGCCAGAAACCACUGUAGAAGCUCCUAGUGGCCAUGAAGAAAUGGAGCUGGAGCUCCCUGUUGCUGCUUCUCCCAGGAAAGAAGAAACAAAACCCAGCGAAGAACGUGAAGAGGACAUCCAAAAAACUGCUGAUUCAGAAGGUCCUGGUCUUCGCAACUCUGUAACGGUCAGCAAAAACGAGGAGCAGGUUAUUUCUGAGCUUGAAACCACAGCGUCUCAUGAGAAAGUAGAGGUCAAUGAUGAAACAAUCGUGAUUGAACUAGAUUGUGAGAGCAUAAAUAUUGAAUUGGCGGAUGGCAAGAGCAAGCAGGGCAAAGAGAGUGUUUCAGGAUACAAGGAUGCUGACACUGACAGUGAAGAUGAGAACCAGAAUCAACGGUGUAGAAAUCUGCUGAACUUGGAUACAAUCAAAGCUUCACCUAAACAACCCCAAGUCAUUAAUUUGCUGUUCAGCAGCGAUGAGGGCAGUGAUGGUUCAGACAGGGAUGACAGUGAGGAGGAGAUGGAUGAUAAUGAUGUGAUCUGCAUCCAAGAUGGAGAACCAGGACCAUCCAAACCCAGGCCUUCUGAAAAACAUUCAACUCAAGAGGACGGGCUGUUUGUAAUAGACACGCAACCUGGGUUUGAGCCAAGUAGAAAGUAUUAUCUAGAAAGUGGAACGAAAGACAGUGAGGAGGAGGAGGAAUCUGAAAGUGAUAAGGAAGGGGACCAAAGUAAAGAAUCCGAAGAGGAAUUUAUUGAUGAAGAGGAAGACGACGAGGAGGCUGAAGUUCUGUAUAAAAGAAGAAAACCAGCAUUGAUGGAACUUUCUUGCAGCAUAGACCCAGGUUUAAAUCUGAAAGACAUUGGGGGUCUGUACAUCAGCUUUGAUGCAAAGAAGCACAAAAGUGCCCCAAGUGCUCUUAACAAGCUGAAGGAACAAAAGAAUAAAGAUGUGCUGUUGGAGAAGAGUGUGAUAACUCCAGAUUUUGAGAAGAAGGAAUCAGUCCCACCUUACAAGGAGUCUCUCCAGCGACUCAAAAUGAAGCGCAGAGAAGAACGUGCCAAGACAACCGGUGAUGGCUGGUAUAACAUGAAGGCUCCUGAAAUGACAACUGAAUUGAAAAACGAUCUGAAAGCCCUGAAGAUGAGGUCAGCUAUGGAUCCAAAGCGUUUUUACAAGAAGAACGACAGAGAAGGCUUUCCUAAGUAUUUACAGGUUGGUACUGUUGUGGACAGUCCCGUCGAUUUCUAUCAUGCCCGGAUUCCCAAGAAACAGAGGAAGAGGACAAUAGUGGAGGAACUGAUGGCUGAUUGUGACUUCAGAAGUUACAACAAGAAGAAAUACAAGCAGAUCAUGACAGAAAAGGCAGCCCUGGCAGCCGGCAAGAAGAAUCGUAAGAAGAAUAAAUUCAGCAAGAAGAAGAAAUAACUAGAAUUGAACUGAUGACUUUUGUGACUCGGCCACCAUGUUGUUUUCUCGACCAUAAUGAGCCUAGCGAUACAUUUGGCAGGCAAAGGAAAUUACUUAUAUAAAGGAGUCAUUCUUUCUUAUUUUUUUUUUAAGAAAUGAAUCAAGCUAUUUAAGGACAGUGCUAUGCUUUAAAGUAGGUUGUGUUUGUUAUAUACUGUAUCGUUAGAAAUAAAGGCUCACAUAAUACAUAAAGAAUACCUUUUUAAAAUGUCUAUUGUAUUAAAAUAUGUAUUUAAAAUGUAAACCACAUACAUGUUUCAAUAACUAAAUAUACAUCGGCAUUAAAAUGUAGUAUUUAAAACAUUGAGAAACACAAA